AGCAUCUGUUGGCGGUCUCUUCGCGGCGGCGCUCCACUCCCCUCCUCAGGCCGCCAAAAUUUCCGACCCCUCGCCUUCUCCCCAAUUCUCGCGCUCUCCGACCACCACCUCCUCCUCCAAAACCCUAGCCCACCAGCCGCCGCAGACGGAGCCGCCGCCCCGAUGCGGCGGACCUACGAGGAGAUCUCCGACGGCGAGUGGUCGAACCACAGCUUCAAGCCUUCGCGCAUCCUCAAGCGCCCCAGCCGGAGCGCCCAGCCGGACACGCAGCCUCCCCCGCCCAUCGAUUCCUUCCGUUACAAGCCCAGGUCUUCCCCCGCCACCGCCACGAGCGCCGCCACCGUCGUCCUCUCCGACGACGACGACGAUUUCGAUCUUGGUCGAGACGAGCGGUUGCGCCGCGCCGGGAAGAGCUCCCAGGUGCUCAAUCGUCCGCAGCGUCAGCACAGCCCCCCCGCGCGUGCGCGGGCCCCUCCGUCAAUCGGGUCCUUCAGCUACAACCCUAAACCCUCGAAGGCCGCCGCCACGGUGUCGGUCUCCGACGACGACGAUGAUUUUGAUCUCGAAGACGAUGAUUUCGACCUCCCUGCUUCGAGAAAUUCGCGUCCGCGCCGCAUCACGGGUCGGCGUUUGGCAACAGCCGCUGAGUUAUCGGAGGAGGACGAUGAUUUAGAGCUUGCCGAUGAUGAUUUUGACCGCCCAGACCCAAGGCCAUCGAGGCCUCGUCGUGCCACUGCUCGCCGCUUCGUGGUUAAGGAUGACGAUGACAGCGACAGUCAUGUGGGUGCUUUGGAGGUAGAGGGGGCAGAAGCAGAGGAUGAUGAUGGUGUGAACUGGUCAGAGUUGGAGAAUGAGGAUGAUGAAGAUGGGGAUUACGGUGAGACGAGGAUGGAGGUGGGGGAUGGGGAUGUAGUGGGUAACGCGUUGCGCAAGUGCGCACGCAUUUCGGCUGAUCUGCGACAGGAGCUGUAUGGUUCAUCAACACGGAAUUGUGAGAGUUAUGCUGAGAUAGAUGAUUCCAGUGUCCGAAUUGCUACCCAGGAUGAUGUGGAUGCUGCAUGCACAAGUGAGGAUUCGGAGUUUGAGCCUUUGCUGAAGCCCUACCAGCUUGUGGGGGUCAAUUUUCUUCUUUUGUUGCACCGGAAAAGUAUCGGCGGAGCAAUUUUGGCUGAUGAAAUGGGUCUUGGUAAAACAGUCCAGGCCGUGACCUACCUUACUCUUUUGCGGCAUCUAUAUAAUGACCCAGGUCCUCAUUUGAUAGUUUGCCCAGCAUCUGUGUUGGAAAAUUGGGAAAGGGAACUUAGAAAAUGGUGUCCUUCAUUUUCGAUCAUCAUGUUUCAUGGUGCUGGAAGGGCUGCCUACUCAAAGGAGUUGAGCUCCUUAGGCAAAGCUGGUUACCCACCUCCAUUUAAUGUCCUCCUCGUUGGUUACUCUCUCUUCGAAAGACGGAGUGCUCAGCAGAAGGAUGAUCGCAAAGCACUCAAAAGAUGGCGAUGGAGUUGUGUGCUGAUGGAUGAAGCACAUGUACUGAAAGAUAAGGGUAGCUUUCGAUGGAGAAACCUUAUGGCUGUAGCACAACAUGCUCGUCAACGGCUAAUGCUAACAGGAACUCCCCUCCAAAAUGAUUUGCAUGAGCUAUGGUCAUUGUUGGAGUUCAUGAUGCCUGAUAUAUUUGCCACCGGAGAUGUUGAUCUGAAGAAACUGUUAAAUGCAGAAGACCAUGAGCUAAUUUCACGUAUAAAGUCUAUUUUAGGUCCAUUUAUUCUCAGACGCUUGAAGUCAGAUGUUAUGCAGCAACUUGUUCCAAAGAUACAACAUGUUAAUUUUGUCACCAUGGACUCAGAGCAGUUUCAAGCUUAUAAUCAUGCCAUAGAUGAAUACCGUGCUGCUUGCCAAGCUCGUAGUUUGAAAUCUACAUCCAAUUUUUCUAAUAAUGUCUCUGGAUUGAUUCCAAAGAGACAGAUAUCAAACUAUUUUAUGCAGUUCCGUAAGAUUGCGAACCAUCCUUUGCUUAUAAGGCGCUUUUACAGUGACAAAGAUGUUGAUCGAAUUGCAAGGUUACUGUAUCCUAAAGGUGCAUUUGGUUUUGAAUGUUCCUUGGAAAGAGCAACCCAAGAACUUAAGAGCUACAACGAUUUUGCUAUCCAUCAACUAUUAAUUUCAUAUGGUGAUUCUGGUACAAAGGGUGCCCUAACUGAUGAACAUGUUCUUGGAUCAGCAAAGUGUCAGGCCUUAGCUGAGAUUUUACCUUCUUUAGCAAACGAGGGCCACAGAGUUCUCAUAUUCAGCCAAUGGACAACAAUGCUUGAUAUCCUUGAAUGGACACUGGAAGUAAUAGGAGUAACAUAUAGACGUCUUGAUGGGGGCACCCCAGUAACUGAAAGGCAGACUAUAGUUGACACUUUCAAUAGUGACCGAUCUAUAUUUGCAUGUUUGCUUUCCACAAGAGCUGGAGGCCAGGGUCUGAAUUUAAUAGGGGCUGAUACAGUGAUAAUACAUGAUAUGGAUUUCAACCCCCAGAUGGAUAGGCAAGCUGAAGAUCGCUGCCAUCGCAUUGGACAACAGAAACCUGUCACUAUAUAUAGGCUAGUGACAAAGGGUUCAGUUGAUGAAAACAUAUAUGAGAUAGCAAGGAGAAAGUUAGUAUUAGAUGCUGCAAUUCUCCAGUCUGGAGCCGAAUUAGAAGAUAGCACUGAUGUACCAGAGAAGACAAUGGGAGAAAUUUUGGCAUCUCUUCUCCUGGUGUGAAUUUCUUGUCAUGGAAUGCUUGAAGGGUACAUAAUUUCACCUGAGGAUGUCUGUAACUGUCAAUCUUAUAGACUUCAUCUAAGCAAAGACACUUUUGCUUGGCCGUUCUAAUAUGCUUAGCUUGAUGGUGCUUAUUCUGCAUUGGAUCUUGAUUUGUUGCUGUCUGCCUCAUCUACCUUUUGUUCAAUAUGAAUGAGCUUGUCAACUGUGCUGCAGAGUCAUACUCCUAUUUUGUUUUGAGUGUGAUUCAGCAUAGUGACAUUGUAUUAAGCUUAAAAGAGUUGCAGAUAGGUGGUACCAAAUUUUACUGUAGAAAAAGACAAACCAGAAGUUUCAGAAAAAUAAUUAUACAUCUGUACUGCUGGAAAUUACAAGCUUGAUAUUAAUGAAAUGAGUCUUCUAACUUCUAA